AUGGCAGUUCUCGUCACCGGCGGUACAGGCAAAACAUCUCUUCAAUUGGCCCACCAUCUUCAGUCCGCCUCCAUCCCUUUCCUUCUCGCUUCUCGAAAAGCCAAAUUGACUGCUCCUGAUGGAAUGCAAGCCAUCAACUUUGAUUAUGCAGAUCCAUCAACUUAUCAGGCUAUCUUUACUCAUUCCUUUCCACACGAUGAAGUCAUCAAAGCCGUGUAUCUAGUGGCUCCAGAAGUUCCAGACCCAGUGCCUGUCAUGAAUGCCUUUAUUGACGUCGCAAUUAAGAAUGGCGUUAAUAGAUUUGUCUUACUAAGUGGUAGCGAUACGGAGAAAGGUGGAGAUGGCCAGUUGGUCAUGGACAAUUUCAUCAUCUGCCCAUAUGUUCAGAGCAUUAAAGAAGAAAACAAAUUCGUUUCCGCAAUGAGCGAUGGCCAAGCUCCAUUUGUAUCAGUGAGUGACAUUGCCAGAGUAGCAAUGGUUGCACUCACUAGCAAGAACCCCCCAGAUCACGACUACAGAGUUCUUGGCCCUGAAUUGCUCAAUUAUGAUGAGAUUGCUGCAAAGUUGAGCAAAAUUUUAGGACGAACAAUUACCCACGUCAAAGUAACAGGUGAAGAGAGAAUACAAAUCUAUGUCAGUAUGGGGUUGCCUGAAGGUCUUGCAUGUUAUUUGACUUCAUUGGAAGUUAUGACUGCAAAUGGCGGGGAAGUGAGACGAAAUGAUGUGGUAGAAAAGAUUGGAGGCCACAAACCUAAAACCUUUGAUGAGUUUGCAGAGGAGAAUAAGAAUCUCUGGAUGUAG